AGGUGUCCUCUAUUGACAUCAAAAUGUGACCACAAUUUUCAUUUACUACUACUGUUGUUGAUGUUGUCGAUGAUUUUGGUGACGAAAUAUCGGUAAAACAUAAACACAAAACCCCCGCCCGUGAAGACCAUCGGUGGACACCAAUUGUCUGUUUUGAUGAUAAUAUAGAUUAAUGGCGACAAACAAGUCGAUUGAAAGUUGAAGAUUGAAGACAUAGAAGAUCUCUCACUUUUUCCUUCCCGAUUGACCGACUGAUCAAUUGGUGGCCACCGCCGCGCACGCAAUGAGUGGUAUCGGUGGCGGCGUUGGUGGUGGUGGUGGCGGCGGCGGUAACAGCGAAUCAAUUGGUUGGACACUGAAUCUAGUGAACAGUGUUAUCGGCGUAUCGUUGCUGUCGAUGCCGUUUUGUUUCAGAAAGUGUGGUAUAAUCCUAUCGAUUGUAUUGAUAGUAUUGUCAUCGCUGGUCAACCGAUUCAGUUGCUAUCUGUUACUCAAGUCAUCCGUUUUGGCCAAACGCCGCAACUAUGAACUGUUAGCAUUUCAUACGUACGGAUCGGCCGGCAAACUGUUGGUCGAAGUUUGCGUACUCGGCUUUCUGUUGGGCACUUGUAUCGCCUAUUUUGUAGUCAUCGGCGAUAUCGGUCCCCGACUAGUAUCGCAAGCCUUGGACAUACCUAACGGGCCACAGUUGCGGGCCGUAGUGAUGACACUGUUGGGAAUGUUUGUCGCCCUACCGCUGGCACUGCUCCGACGGGUCGACAGUUUGACAUCGUUUUCGAUGCUAUCGUUAGGACUCUAUAUAUUUCUCGUACUCAAGAUGCUGUCCGAGGCCAUGACCAACACUGCCCGACACUCAUCGUCAUCAUCGGAGGACAUACUGUGGAAUGAGAUAAACUAUUGGGACUCAACACACGUAUUCUCUUCGUUGCCAAUCUUUUCGAUGUCACUCUCCUGUCAGACACAACUGUUCGCUAUAUUUGAUUCAUCGAUGAUUCUUCACAACAACGAUAUCAAUAGCUUAAGUAAAAUGAUGUCAUCAGUAAAUCGAUCGUUGAAUAUAUGUCUGGCCAUCUAUAUUAUGGUCGGCGUUUGCGGUUACGUAGCCUUCAGUGACCAGCCGUUUGGCGGAAAUAUUUUAUUAUAUUUGCCGUCGGGUUUUGUAUCAACCUUUACAUUAGUAGCCUUUGUUAUGACUGUUCUGAUUAGUUUUCCCUUAUGUCUGUUCCCGUGUCGUACAUCAUUACACUCGCUAUUAUCCCGUAAGGGAACGACACCAUUAAUUUCGACAACAUCGCCGUCGAUACACAUGUCUGACCAACAUUUCAAAAUGUUAACCAUUUUGUUGAUAAUCGUUACGAUUGGCGUAUCAAUUAUAUUGCCCUAUAUUGAGAUAGUAUUGGCAAUAUUGGGCUCGACUAUCGGCGCUGUCAUAUGUUUUAUAUUGCCGGCACUGAUCUUCAUGAGAGUGACCACAAAGAAUACAACCGAACGACUAUUAGCCAAACUGGUGGUCAUCACUGGUGUAUUCAUAUUAAUAAUUUGUACAUUUUCUACAUUAAAUGAUAUCUAUUUUGUUAAAAAUAUUAAUAAUAAUAAUAAUAUCGCCGAAGAUAUUGUUGCGAAGACAGCAGAUCCGAGUUCUUUACCAAAGGAAAAGCCUAUUAUUCAUACAGACAUUCCUCUGAUUAAUAAUAAUAAAGACAACAAUCAAUUAAAUGGAGAUAAAAAAGAUGAUAAUAAGAGACUUGAAAAUCAUAUCAAACAAAAGAUUAGUCAAUUGGUUAACGACCAGAAGGGGCCGUCAGUUGUUUCCGUUGUGACAGCAAUUGUUGACACAAAUAAAGCCAAACGACAGGAGGAACUGCUUCAGCGUCUGGAGAAACAACAGUUGGAACACAAGAAACUAUUGGAACAACAAUUGAGACAACAAAACGAAAUUAUCGAUCAAUUGAAACGACAUAACAAAUUACACGAAGAAAAUAAUAAUAAUAAUAAACUAGUCGUCGAAGAUCACCACCACCAACAACAACAGCAACAUAAAGAACUGGUCAUCAAUAACACAGCAAUGGAUGACCGGAAGAUAUUAUUACCGAAAAAUGUGGUCACAAAUAAUAAUAAUAAUAAUAGUAAAGAUAGUAAAAGCAUUGGUGACCAACAACAACAACAACAACAACAACAAGUCAUUAAUGAACCACCGAUUUUGCCUCAAAAGCAUAUCAAUAAUAAUAAUAAUAAUAAUAAUUUUAAAUCAUUAAGAGAGUUGUAG